GAAUAAUACAAACCGAAAGUAAAUUUAAGGUUGAAUAUUUCCAUUUGAAAAAAAAAAAGAUAUCUUAUCAGGACGUUUAGGAAACAGGUAUCAACGUGCAUCUUUUGAUUCUCAUAAAAUAUCGGGAUGAAUCACAUAGCUCGCCUAUCAGAAGUGAUGUACGUGGGACUUUGUCGUCGGGUAGGGAGUCCUACAGAGGUAAGGAUCAGGAGAGAAGUGAAUGACACUAUGGAGGUCGUGAGUCAGCCUGUGUACAUCAUGAAGAGACUUGAUAGAAUGAAAAGUGGGAGUAAACGUGAGGGAUUCAGAUUGAUAACUUCCGACUCUGACUGGAUGUUAUGGCCUCCAGACCACAAGGUGAUAUGCGAUAUCUCUCAGAUCAAUCUCUACCGUAUCCCACAACACACUGUGAUGCUGAUGGAGUGUGAUGAUCUACCGCCUGGUUUUACCAGACUUAGCCUGUUAAGCCAAUCCAAUAAUGCAGAAACCGUUUCGUCCUGUGUAGUAAUGAAUGACAGUACAUAUAUUUCAAGUACAAUAUUCAGAGAAAACUAUUUGCGAUUCUUAAAUACCUAUGGUAUUUCUACUGCUGUCCUUCAUGGACCUUGUUCUACCUAUUCCAUACUCCAAGAUGUAGAUGCUGACAAUGCUUUCUGUUUCAAGUCAGAUCACUGGCCGACGUCAGCAAUACCAUGGAUACAGAGAUGUCGUGAACGGAGAUGGCCGAAUCAAACAGUUGUAUCAGAAAUAUUAAGCGGAGGAUUUCAUAUUGUUCCGAUCGGAAGCACACCUGAAAACAAACUAGAAUGGAGAAUUUCAUUCUCUCAAGCAGAGCAAAAACUUGUUUAUUCAAUGAAUCAUUGUCAGUUUUUGUGUUAUGGUCUCUUCAAAGUUUUUCUGAAAGACGUAAUUAAUUGUCAGCCAAAUACAUCCAUUCUCUGCUCAUAUUUUAUAAAAACUAUUGUCUUUUGGGUCAUACAGAAGAAUACGUCUUUGUCCUGGACACCUGAGAACUUAUUGACUUGUUUCUGGGAAAGCUUUAAAUUAUUGAUAUACAUGGUACAUACUGGGGAAUGUCCAAACUUUUUUAUUCCACAAAACAACAUGUUUAGAGUGAAAGUCACUGGUUCUGUACAAAUUUUAUUGUUCAAUCAGUUGUAUGAUUUGUAUAGUAAGGGGAUAUCAUGUCUGCUAUUAAGUGAAAAAAUCCGACCUUACCUCAGUAUUGCCAUAUUAUAUAAAACAUUGAGAGUCCAGACAGACGAGAACAAUUUUUAG